UGAGUUAUUGUGGCCAAGAUGGAAAUGAAAGUAGACGUCCUACCUGAAAAAAAAUACAAGGGGUUUAAUGAAACCUUCAAAUUGUGCGCUUUCUCGCUUGCUUUUGCUUUUCUGUACCCUAAUCGAACCACAGCUCUAAGGCGAUGUAUCACUAUCACUCUGAUCGUCACCUUCUGCGGUGGCCAACUGUUCUGGUUCAUCACGUACACCUUCAAAUGUCUCUACACUUUGGACAUUUACAACUUCGCCAGAAACAUGACCCUGGCUGUGGUCCUCGUUCUCUUCUUCAUCAAAACUUACUAUGUCAUCUAUGCGACGAGCAAGUUCGCUCCUUUACUGGAUAAAAUAUCUGACGACCUUUUAGAAGCGAAUAAUCUAGAGGAAGAGUUUCAAGUGCUUUAUGAUGAUCAUAUAAAAAUUGCAAAGGUUGGCGAGAUCUCCUGGCUUCUGAUCCCAACUAUAAUGAGCGCUCUGUUUCCUAUUUAUGCCGGAGCUCUGAUGACGAUAGAGAGUAUCCAAACAGAUGAUUACGAAAGACGAAUGGUACAUGAUAUGGAGUUGCUCUUCGUGGAAGAUAUACAGAGUGAAACUCCUUUCUUUCAAUGUAUGUUUGCGUACAACUGCGUCCAAUGCGUUGUCCUCGUACCUAACUACUGCGGAUUCGACGGGUCCUUCUGCAUAGCCACGACGCAUCUCCGACUCAAACUGAAAUUAAUGACUCUGAAAGUGAAUAAGGCUUUCAAAUAUUCAAAAAGUCGUCAAGAAUUGCGAAUGAGACUGUAUGACUCGAUCAAAGAUCACCAGGAUGCUCUGGAUUUUUAUGUUCAGCUGCAAAAUGUUUAUGGGCCCUGGUUGUUCGCUGUGUUUCUUUUGACGAGUUUCAUGAUAUCGUUUAAUUUGUACCAGAUAUAUCUGCUGCAGCGGAUAGAUCCGAAGUAUACGUCGUUUGGGGUGGUCGGCGUCCUACACAUCUACCUGCCGUGUCGGUACGCCAGCGAUCUGACAAGGGUCAGCGAAGAGAUUCCGGACGACCUAUACUUAGCGCAAUGGGAAGCAUGGGCUGAUCCCUCCAUCACCAAACUCCUUAUGUUCAUGAUCACCAGAGCGCAGAAGGAGAUGAUAGUCACCGGCAUGGGGCUCGUGGUCUUCAACAUGGAGAUGUUCAAGUCCAUCCUGCAAACUUCUUAUUCUUUCUUCACUUUGAUUACUGCUUAAU